AUGCACCGGAGUGGGGCCACUAGGACUGAGCAAGUGACAGAUGUGCCACCCGCAGAUGCCGCAGCCACUUGGGCCUGCACGGACCCUUUGCCUGAGUGUAGAAAGAGCCAAGGAGACUCAAACCCAGCAGCCAUUCCACAUGCGGCGGAAGAUGUUCAAGGAGAUGACAGAUGGAUGUCUCAGCACAACAGAUUUGUCCUGGACCGCAAAGACAAAGAGCUUGAUGUGCUGUUUGUGGGGGACUCCAUGAUGCAGUUAAUGCAGCAAUACGAGGUCAUUGUUGUCUGGGUUGGAACAAACAACCAUAAAAAUACGGCAGAAGAAGUAGCAGGUGGAAUUGAGGCCAUCGUACAACUUAUCAACACAAGGCAACCACAGGCCAAAAUCAUUGUAUUGGAUUUAUUACCUCGAGGUGAGAAGCCCAACCCUUUGAGGCAAAAAAAUGCCAAGGUGAACCAGCUCCUCAAGGUUUCCCUGCCAAAGCUUGCCAACGUUCAGCUCCUAGAUACAGAUGGGGGCUUUGUGGACCCGGACAGUGCCAUAUCCUUCCACGACAUGUUUGAUUUUCUGCAUCUCACAGGAGGGGGCUAG